AUGCCGCUUGGAUAUCAGCCUCCAAAAUUCCAGCAGUUUGACGGAAAGGGCAAUCCAAAACAGCACGUUGCUCACUUCGUCGAAACAUGUGAGAAUGCAGGAUCAAGAGGAGAUCAACUAGUCAGACAAUUUGUUCGAAGCUUGAAAGGAAAUGCUUUUGAAUGGUAUACUGAUCUGGAGCCAGAAAGCAUUGAGAGUUGGGAACAACUAGAAAAGGAGUUUCUCAAUCGCUUCUACAGCACCAGGCGUACUGUAAGCAUGAUGGAGCUUACAAAUACGAAACAAAGAAAGGGAGAACCAGUCAUCGACUACAUCAAUAGAUGGAGAGCUCUAAGUCUUGACUGUAAAGAUCGGCUCACCGAACUGUCGGCUGUAGAAAUGUGCACCCAAGGCAUGCACUGGGGACUCCUCUACAUUUUGCAGGGAAUAAAGCCCCGCACAUUUGAAGAACUGGCAACUCGAGCUCAUGAUAUGGAGUUGAGCAUCGCCAGUAGAGGAACUAAAGAUUUUCUUGUUCCUGAAGUAAAGAAAGAUAAGAAAGAGAUGAAAGGUGCUGAAAAGAUAGUGAAAAGCACCGCGAAAGAAUCUAUGGUCGUAAACACAACCCCGCUGAAAUUCUCCAAAGGAAAGGAAGCGAGGGUUGAAAAGAAGGAUGAUGGAAGCGAAAGGCGACGUCUGACUUUAAAAGAAAGGCAGGAAAAAGUUUACCCAUUUCCUGAUUCAGAUAUCGCUGACAUGCUAGAGCAACUACUAGAGAAGCAGCUGAUCCAGCUGCCAGAAUGUAAACGACCUGAGCAAGCAGGAAAGGUAGAUGAUCCCAAUUACUGCAAGUAUCAUCGGGUCAUCAGUCAUCCAGUAGAGAAAUGCUUCGUGCUGAAGGAGCUAAUUCUAAGGUUGGCUCGUGAGAAAAGGAUUGAGCUAGAUUUGGAGGAAGUAGCUCAAACAAACCACGCUGAAGUGACGAUAAUGUCUGAGGCUUCUUCGUCGAGAUUGAUUUUUGAGCAAAGGAAAAGCUUGGUCCAGUUCGGGACCUUUGAGCCUAUAGUUGUCCAAUUCUUUCAGGAAAUCUCAUACGAGGAUCCUCAAGGAGAGAAAAGACCAAUCGAAGAAGACGAUGAAGGGUGGAUAGUGGAUGAAGACCCAGAAGUCGUUGCGUGUCAUGCUAUCAACACAACGGAGGAAGAAAUAAUCCCUCCAAGAUCACUAGAAGGAGAGGGAGUAUCAAAAGACCUUUCAAGGUUUAAUGUAGAGGAUCUAUUAUCACUUCCUCAAGAGACCAAAACCAUCCUUAUUGAUGCAUUGCUAAAUUCAAGAGCAUCAAGUUCGAGUACUCCGACUAUGACAUAUGAGAGUGGUUCUUAUUGUAUGUCUAUAGACUUCUCAGAUGAGGAUUUGUUGUUGGGAUCUAAACUUCAUAAUAGACCUUUGUAUGUUUCUGGAUACGUUCGAGAACAGAGAGUCGAUCGAAUCCUCAUUGAUAAUGGCUCAGCUGUCAACAUAAUGCCAAAGUCGACUAUGUGGCAAUUAGGCAUCUUGAUGGACGAGCUCUCAAAUAGCAAGCUAGUAAUUCAAGGUUUUAACCAAGGUAGCCAAAGAGCAAUAGGCAUGAUACGGUUAGAACUCAUAAUUGGCGACCUAAAGGCCAGUGCAUUGUUUCAUGUCAUAGACUCAAGGACUACUUACAAGUUGUUACUAGGGCGUCCUUGGAUUCAUGGAAACGGAGUAGUAACUUCAACACUGCAUCAGUGCUUCAAAUUUUAUCAGGACGGUGUAAAGAAGGUUGAAGCCGACUCUAAUCCAUUCUCAGAAGCUGAGUCUCACUUCGCAGAUAACCACAUGAAAGUGCGAGAACCUUUAACUCUGGAAAGGGUGAACAUACACUCGCAGCACAAAGGGUAUGAUCUUGAAGAUGAAAAUGCUGCAAACACACCAGUUUUGCGUUAUGUCCCUCUGUCAAGGCGCAAGAAAGGCGAAUCACCAUUCAUGGAGUCUCCAAAAGAUAGCGAAGCAGAGGUAAAGGUAGAUCUGGUGGAAGCAAACUUGCCCCAAAGGCGAACGAAAGACGGAUUCGACCCCAAGGCUUACAAAUUGAUGGCGAAAGCAGGUUAUGACUUCACAGCUCACACCGAGUUUAAAAGCUUGGAAAUUCAUGACCGACCUGAGCUCUCCUCAACUCAAAAGAAGCUUCUACGGGAAGGACAUUCUAUACCCGUGUCGAGAAAAGGACUCGGAUACAAGUCGCCAGAACCGAUCCGUAUAACUAAAAAGGGGAAGGAAAAAGUGGUUGACAUCAAUCAUAUAACUAUAGAGGAGGAUGACAAUACUGACGUAAAAGAAGGUGAUAAUCAGAGAAUCUCAGUAUUUGAUCGAAUUAGACCAUCUGUUGCACGUCCCGUAGUAUUUGAAAGGCUAAGCAUGACAGAGGCAGAAAGAGAAAGGCUCCACACCCGUGCUCCGAUUUUUAAUCAUCUCGGGGAUAAAGGAUCACACGACAACAUUGAUUCCAACAUAGAUACAAAGAAGAAGGAACCAAUGUCUCGUGUGAAAGUUUGGCGUCGAAUUAAGCAUACAGAUGUCGAUAAUUAUCGUAGUAAGAAGUUUCCUUGCGAGACAAAGGAAAAUGGAGAAAUUCAUAGCAACGUUCCUUCUCGCAUGAAAAGAAAAACUUUUGUUACUCUCAAUACAAGUCAAGGUUCGUUAAAGGUAAAAAGACAUGAUGUUAUACUAACGAAUCCUGAAAAAGAAGGGUCGGAACAAGGGGAAUGUGAAACUUCAUGUCAUCACAUCACCAUUAUUGAGGAAUCAGAGACUGGAACUCAUGAAGAAGACGCAGAAAAUGCCCCACAAAGUUUAGAGGAUGGUGGCCAAUCUACUGUAGACGAGCUAAAAGAGGUGAACCUUGGUACAAUAGAGGAACCACGUCCGACUUUCAUUAGUGCGUCCCUCUCUAACGAAGAGGUGGAUAAAUAUAUGAGUUUGCUCACCGAAUACAGGGACAUCUUUGCGUGGUCGUACAAGGAGAUGCCAGGACUUGACCCAAAAGUAGCAGUCCAUCAUCUUGCAAUUAAACCUGGAUAUCGACCGAUUAAACAAGCACAACGACGUUUUCGACCGGAGCUUAUCCCUCAAAUCGAGGUGGAAGUCAACAAGUUGAUCGAAGCAGGAUUCAUUCGCGAGGUCAAAUAUCCAACGUGGAUAGCAAACAUUGUCCCUGUUAGAAAAAAAAAUGGACAACUUCGCGUUUGUGUAGACUUUCGCGAUCUGAAUAAUGCAUGCCCUAAAGAUGAUUUUCCCUUGCCCAUCACCGAAAUCAUGGUUGAUGCAACUACUGGACACGAGGCGUUGUCGUUUAUGGAUGGGUCGUCUGGAUAUAAUCAAAUACGGAUGGCCCUCUCAGAUGAAGAAAUGACAGCUUUCAGAACUCCAAAGGGAAUAUACUGUUACAAGGUGAUGCCCUUUGGAUUGAAAAAUGCCGGCGCUACUUAUCAACGUGCCAUGCAGAAAGUGUUUGAUGAUAUGUUGCACAGGUAUGUUGAAUGUUAUGUUGAUGAUCUUGUAGUCAAAACAAAGAGACGACAAGACCAUUUGAAGGAUCUAAAAGUCGUGUUUGAUCGCUUGCGAAAAUAUCAGCUAAGGAUGAACCCUCUCAAGUGUGCGUUUGGUGUAACUUCAGGAAAAUUUCUUGGCUUCAUUGUAAGGCAUCGAGGGAUCGAAAUAGACCAGUCCAAGAUUGAUGCCAUUCAGAAGAUGUCAAGACCUAAAAGUUUGCAUGACCUAAGAAGUCUCCAAGGACGACUGGCUUACAUCCGAAGGUUCAUCUCUAACUUGGCCGGUCGGUGUCAACCUUUUCAAAAGUUGAUGAGAAAAGGAGAAAAUUUUGUGUGGGAUGAAGCUUGUCAGAACGCUUUUGAUAGCAUAAAGAAAUACUUGCUUACUCCCCCAGUGCUGGGAGCUCCAGUACCUGACAAACCACUAAUAUUGUACAUUGCUGCACAAGAAAGGUCCUUAGGAGCAUUACUGGCACAAGAAGAGGUAAAGGGAAAGGAGCGUUCUCUCUACUAUCUAAGCAGAACAUUAAUUGGGGCUGAAGUUAACUAUUCUCCUAUCGAAAAGAUGUGUCUUGCACUUUUCUUUGCCAUUGAUAAGUUGAGGCAUUAUAUGCAGGCCUUCACGGUUCAUCUAGUGGCAAAAGCAGACCCUAUAAAGUAUGUUCUAUCCAGGCCAAUCAUCGCUGGACGCUUAGCCAAAUGGGCGGUUCUACUCCAACAAUAUGACAUUGUCUAUAUUCCCCAAAAGGCGAUAAAAGGACAAGCGCUAGCAGACUUUUUAGCAGACCACCCAAUUCCUUCGGAUUGGAAGUUAUGUGAUGACCUACCAGACGAUGAGGUUUUCUUCACAGAAGUUAUGGAACCUUGGACUAUGUACUUCGAUGGUGCAGCUCGAAGAAGUGGUGCGGGGGCAGGCAUUGUCCUCAUUUCUCCUGAGAAGCAUAUGUUGCCUUAUAGCUUUGCACUUUCCGAAUUGUGUUCAAACAAUGUGGCUGAAUAUCAGGCUUUGAUAAUUGGCCUUCAAAUAGCAUUAGAAAUCGGAGUGUCAUUCAUAGAGGUCUAUGGUGAUUCAAAAUUGAUAAUCAAUCAACUCUCGCUUCAAUAUGACGUGAAACAUGAAGACUUGAAGCCAUAUUUUGCUUAUGCUCGACAAUUGAUGGAAAAGUUUGAUAAUGUGAUGUUAGAACAUGUCCCUAGAGUAGAAAAUAAGAGAGCGGAUGCAUUGGCAAAUUUAGCCACGGCCUUGACCAUGCCAGAUGAUGUAACUCUGAACAUACCACUUUGUCAACGAUGGAUUAUACCCCCAGUUAGGCCUGAAUGUCAGGAAGUGAACAUGGCAACAUCCUAUUUGAUUGAUGAAGAAGAUUGGCGUCAACCCAUCAUAGAGUAUCUUGAACAUGGAAAGCUUCCAAAGGAUUCUCGUCAUAAAAUUGAGAUACGAAGAAGGGCAGCACACUUCAUUUAUUACAAGGGAACUUUAUAUCGCCGUUCUCUUGAAGGGCUCUUCCUUCGAUGUCUCGGAAAGGAAGAUUCGGUAAAAGCUCUAAAGGAAGUACAUGCAGGUGUUUGUGGAGCACAUCAAUCGGGACCAAAGCUUCAAUUCCAGCUAAGAAGAAUGGGCUACUACUGGCCUAAGAUGAUCCAAGAUUCAAUAGACUAUGUGAAGAAGUGUGAGCCUUGUCAAUACCAUGCAAACUUCAUACACCAACCUCCAGAACCUCUUCAUCCAACUGUGGCUUCUUGGCCUUUUGAGGCUUGGGGACUCGAUCUGGUUGGCCCAUUACACAAAAUCAUCAGCAGGACAUUCCUUAUAUCCUAG